CAAUAUGUGGCAGACGGCACCUUAAGCUGGAUUUAGCAAACCACUAAGCUGAUAAAACUUAACUAAACCAAACAAGCUGUAAAUUAAUUCGCGUUGCAUACAGUUUUUUUUACAAGAAGAAGAAGCGCACAACCAAUGAUUGGCACCGAAGAUAUGUCCACAUCGACUGGCAUGGAUAUAAGUGAAUCCUUUCGUGCCGAGGAUCUCUCGAAAACAGAUUUUUUUGAUUUUGUCACAGCACCAGAUAUGGGCAUUGGCAUUGGUGUUGGUGUUGGCGUCGACGUUGGCGUCACACUGCAACAGCAGCAUCAUCAGCAGCAGCAGCACAGUCACAAUCAUAAUCACAGCCAAGCAACAGCACAAGCAUCACUUCAGCGCAGCGCCAGCAACAUGACGCAUGAUUGCAGCGAAGAUGUUGCAGCGGGCAUAGUGCCCGUCAGCAAUCGCAAUGGCAACAGCAGCAAUGGCGGCGAUCCCACGUUACAGGGCUAUGAGUUUUGGCAUCAGGAGAAGGACAACAGUCGCCUGGACUCGAGCUCAAUCUUUGAGGAUCUCGAUCGUUAUUGCUGGCAACAGCAGCCAAUCACAGCCAGCGCCACGGCCAGCGUGAACGCCAGCAAUGUAAAUAUGCGCAGCAACAAUCAGCCCAGUCCCACAUCACCCCAGCAGCAGCAACAACAACAUCAACACCAACAGCAGCAGCAGCAGCAGCAACAGCAACACCAACAGCAGCAGCCAAAUGCCAGCAGCUCUUCAAGUGCAGCGGGCAGCAGCAGCGACACCAUCAGCAGCAUGGACACAACAGAUGGCCAAAUCUACACACUGACAGUAUUAAAUGGCGGCGAGCCUUGGCUGAAGCGCGCCGAAGCGGAACAACUGCCCAGCGCCUUGGAUUUGGACAGUCUGCUUGGCAGCUUUCCGGGUUAUAUCAAAUCGGAGUAUCCAUACGACGACAGCGGCUUCAGCACCGACGGCAAGGAUGUCAUUAAUGUUAAUGGCGGUGUUGGUGUUGGUGGUGGCGAUGCCAAUGGCCUUAGCAACAGUAUUUCACAGUCUCAAACGCAGCAUGGACAGACGCUACCCUCGCUGGUCACAGCCAUUUCGCUAGCAGGCGGCGGCGGUGGAGUCAACGAGCUAGGCCAGCAGCUGGCGCAGUUUCAGAACAACAACAACGACUGGCACAUGGCCGAUCACAAUGCGGAGGCGGAACAGAAUACAGCCGAGUCCUUGCUGCGCAGCGCGCUGCAGGGCAAAGGCUAUGCGAAGGGUCUGCAUAUGCAGAAUGGGCUGGCACUGCCUGUGGUCAAAGACGACGAUAUGCGUCGACUGCUCUUCACGCCCGACGACGCAGCCGAUGCGCUGGGCUUUGCGGACUCCACGCUGAGCACAGCGCAAAUGUUCGAGGAUGCCCAAAGCAUGGGCCAUGUGGGCGCGGGCACGCAUAUGGCUACAGCCAAUCAUGGGCAGCAUGGCGCCGCCAAUGCUAGCAUUAUAGUGGAUGAUAUGUUCCUGUCGCUGGAGAACGCCUUUAGCGAUGACUUUGAGAAAAUCAAGCGCAUUGCCAAUGAGGUGCAGCAAUAUUGCAGCACGCCCACGCCAGGCGAGUACAACAGCAACGAUGUGCUCAUGCAAAUCUCACCGAAUGCCGUAGCAACAGCAGCAGCAAGCACAACAACAGCGCAGCUGCAGCCACUGGCCAAUGCACAGCAGCAGCAGCAGCAGCAACAGCAGCAAGCGCCGCAGCCACCGCCGCAGCCACUCAAGCCAGAGGUGUCCACUUCUACAGCCACAGCGCAGGUGCGUCUGGGUGGCGUUAGCAAGCCCAAAAAGCAAUACAAGCGCAGCAACAGCAGCGCCAACAACAACAACAAUAACAAUCCCAGUGUAGUGAACAACAACAGCAGCAGCACUGCUUUGGGCGUUGUAGCUCUAGGCAGCGGUGGCAGCAGCAGCUCCAGCGGCAGCGCCAGUAGCAGCAGCAACAGUCCGCCCGCCAACUGCAACAACAGUGCCAGCUCCAACAGCAGCAGCGGCGGCGGCAGCGGCAGCGGCGCACAACGCAAAGAGCGCUCACUACACUACUGCUCCAUAUGCUCCAAAGGCUUCAAGGAUAAGUACUCCGUCAAUGUGCACAUACGCACGCACACCGGCGAGAAACCCUUUGCAUGCUCACUCUGCGGCAAAAGCUUUCGCCAAAAGGCACAUCUGGCCAAACACUACCAAACGCACAUGACGCAAAAGAACAAUGGCAAUCUCAUCAAAGGCAAUGCAGCCAAGCAUCAACGCGGCGGCGGCGCCACAGCAGCCACAAGCGCUGCAAAUGUGAGCAGCACUAUGGUGCAGCAGCAGCGACAACUCAGCGUUGUGCCCACUGUUGCAAGUGCAAGCUUGAUGAGCGCCAGCGUCGUGCUCAAUGGACCAAAUACGCCCACGGCGGUGCUGCCGCCCGCCAAUGGGCUGCUAGCGAAUCGGUAGUACCCUUAAUUAUAUAAUACACUCAAAAAAAAUAUCAAACUACUAUUUCUUGUUCCUUACUUGAUGAUGAUGCAAAAGCAAAAGAACUACUUAAGCAAGCUCUUGCCAAAAAGAGUGCUCUCCUUUCAAUUGAUGAAUUCCUAUACUCAGCUUUCUGUGCAAUUCCUAUAUCACAAACAAAAACAAAAGAAACUCAUAAAUUUAUUUUAACUGCACUCCAAACG